AUAAAACAUACCUUCUAGUUAGUCAGAGCAUCAAAAAUGCAUCUGACGCGUCUACGUUGGGGCGCUGUAUCGGGAGUUGAACCACCCGAUUGGUAGUUUCGUACCACUACCGUGUAGAUAGAUAAGCGAGUUCGAUAAGAUAUCAGAUAUUCGCAGAAUUGACUUCCCAGUUUAGUAUACGAAUUCCGCUCAAGCAGUGUUGAAGUGCUGAAGAUCCCCACUUUCAUUUCCAAGUGCCGGCUAAGUCGUUAGUUUUUUCAACAAUCCGAUAGUGGUGAACGUACUCAAAAUGGAUUUUGAUGAUCACCACGUAAAAGACAUUUCGGAUGCGGCCGGAUUCGCCGAAAGUUCUUCCGGUAGUGUGUCGGAGUCGGAGUCUAUCCCUCGACCAAUCCCAGUACGAAAAGGGUCCAGCUAUCUCGAUACGCCUUUGAAUCUAAACUCGAAGCAAUACUCUCUGAAUGGAUCUCAACGUGGGAAGGUUCUGAUUUUCAACCAAGUGGAAUUCAUAGAUCAUGAAAAGUACGAGGAGAGAGAUGGUACCAAACGUGAUGUCGAAAGACUUUAUAGCACAUUACCUAGGUUAGGUUUCCGGCAAGAAGAUAUCAUUGUGUAUGAAGAUUACAGUGCUAGUAAUAUCGAACGCGUUGCAGAAAAACUCGAGAAUGAUAAGGAUUUAAUCGAAUCGGAUUGCUUAAUGGUGGUAAUUCUAACACACGGUGAAGAAGACGACUUAUUGAUGGCACAUGAUGGCAGCUACCACCUGUACAAGUUUCUCGACCAUUUUACGCCCUCUGCGCUGAACUCCAUGGCAGGAAAACCAAAAAUAUUCAUCAUUCAGGCCUGUCGGGGUGGCAAACUGGAUAGAGGUGUGCAGCUGCGAAGAAAGUUGCUUGUGACCGACAGUGUCCAGGAUCGGGUUGAUUCACAGUCGGAAAUAUUUACCUAUCCCGAUUUUGCCGAUUUCCUAAUUGUGAUGAGCUCCCAUCAUGGUCACAAAUCCUUCCGCAAUGAGAAGGGCAGCUGGCUCAUCCAGGAGCUGUGCAACGUUAUCGAAAGCUGUGAUUUGAAGUCUUCCUCCAUUAUUGAUAUUUUGAUCGAGACAAACAAUGCCGUCUCGAAGAGGAUCUCCAAUGCCGACGGCAUUCAUGACAAGAAGAAGCAAAUUUCCAGCUUCUACACGACAUUUACCAAGCAGCUGUACUUUACGCCAUCGGGUAAUCGCUAGCAGUGAUAUAGUGCAAAGCACUAAUGUGGUUGCCCUUUAUGAUCAUGAAGGUUGCUCUACUCGAACAAACACGUUUGCGACAACCUAUUUUGUAGUCUUUAAACUCAUGAAUAAUGCUUAGCUAUAAUAUUUUUUUAAAAAGCAAAAACAAACGUACUGUAACAUUGGGUUGUUUUAGGCAAUAAAUUUCGUCGAUAGUGGAGCAAAUAUUACCUAGAAUUCGUUUUUACCUAUUUAAUAUAAUCUUAAUUUUUUAUGAUUAUAUGUUUUAGCUGAGCAAACACGCACUACGCAGAAAGUGUGUUGCGCGGUUUAAAAGUUGAAAUUUGACCAUGGAAGACAAAAGCAUCCCAGACAGUUAAAAAAGUUGCAAGGGUGCUAUUGUUCGGUAAAGGCCUGUGUCAAACACUUGUAGAGCUACCCGAAUCGCUUCGAGUUGACUAAUCGAUCGGCGGUUGGAACAUGCCUCAAUCCAUCGGAAUGGUACAAAAGGAAAGAGUUUGAACAACGUUAGCUAUGACGUCUGUAUUCUUGGAUGCGCACGAAAUAAUAUUACAGGAUUAUCUCGCGAGAGCGGUGACAAUCAUAUAUAAAUACAUAAUUUUUAAUACAUUACCGUUUAACCGCCAUUUAAAAUAGGAGAAAGGCAAAAACUUGUAGUAUUCAGCCAAACUCCGAAGCGCCCGGUUGUUUACAUUGAAAUAAAACAGAU